AUGCUGCCACCGCGAAGCCUCGAGAUACCCUCUACCGCCACGACAAAGCUCAAAGUUCCAGGCUUGGGUGUUAUCUCAGGGCUAUCUUACAAUGACGGCGAGUGCAUCCAAUACCUAGGCAUUCCGUACGCCAGGAUUCCAGGCCGGUUUCGACGGUCAGUGCCUUCGAAGAAGCCGUGGCCCAGUAAUGCGUGGGAUGGCACAAAGCUUGGGCCGUACUGCCCACAGCCACCACGAGACUUCUAUCCCGUGCCAGAUCCUCCGGAGCGUACCUGGUUGAACACCCCGCAGUUUGGCGAGCUGGACUGCCUGAACCUGAACAUCUCCGUGCCUAGACACGAUACGUCAAAGGGGCCGCUCCCUGUGAUGGUCUUCUUCCACGGCGGCGCGUUCACUUAUUCUACUGGGGCGUCCCCCAUCUAUGACGGCCGCCUCAUGGCCACCUCUUCAGCAUUGGACAACGACAUUCCGACUAUCAUCAUUACUCUAAACUAUCGGAUCGGAGUCUACGGGUUUUUGGGUGGCACGGACCUCCAGAAGUAUGCGGCUGCCCAAAGCGACAGCGGCUGCGGAAACUACGGUCUCUGGGACCAGGUGAUUGCCUUGCGCUGGGUCCAGGAGCACAUCCGUGCCUUUGGAGGCGACCCCGGGCGCGUGUGCAUCUUCGGUCAGAGUGCGGGCGCCCUCAGCGUCGCCUGUCACCUCGCCCGUGGCGAGCCUCUCUUUGAGAGCGCGUCCAUCAUGUCCGGAAGGUUGGGCCUCUGCGGUGUGCUAACUCCGGAGGAGUACCAGAUCGUCUUCGAGAAGAUGCUCGUGGAGUGCGGAGUCUCCCUUGAUAAGGAUCCAAUAGAGCGUGUCGAGGCUCUUGCAGCAGUUCCAGAAGCACAGCUUACCAAGGCCAUGGUCCCAGUGUUUGGCAUUCCAGUCAUCACGAUGGCUCUUUGCGAUGAUGGCGUACUGCUGCCCUCGGAGUUUCUGAGGGCCAAUUACAAGUCGUUCCACGUUCCAAAAUUUGUCAAGAGAGUCAUGAUUGGUGAUGCGGUCAACGAGUGCAUCAUCUGGAACAAGUCCUGGAACCACCUGUCGGCCAGUCAGGUCCUUGCGUCCAUGGAAGCCAUCAUGGGCGAUGGAGCCAAAGUCGUCGCUGAGAUGUACGGCAUCAAGAAAGAUGCGCCGCACGAGGCUUUAUUCUCAAACAUGGAGCGCAUGACGACAGAUGGGCUCUACAGAAUAUCCAACUACUUCACCGAGCUCGCCAUUAAGGAUUGCUACGCGUACCAUUUCAACGUUCCCUCUCCAUAUGACAACGCUUGGAAAGGCCUUGCCCAUCACAGCUUCGAUAACGUCUUGAUAUUCGAGGUGCUGGAGCACACCUUGCCGGACGAACAGCAGGAGAUCAGCAAGCAGAUGAGAUCGGCGUGGAUCAAGUUUGCUAACGGAAUCGAUCCGUGGGAGCGUUUCGAUGCCCAAGGCCGGAUGUGCGUCUUCGGACCGCAGAAUGUGCGAAUGCAAAGCAAGGAAGAGUAUGACGCCAAGGCGUACGGGAACUGGGAGCGUUUGGAUAGAGAAGGCCUGAUCAUGCCACUGACGGAACUAUCGGACGAGCUGUGCCUGCAGAGACGUGCGCUUCUAGCUACUAAGUCUUGA